GCCUCGCCGACACGGUGGCCGGCGCGCACUACUGGCACGUGCUCAUGCAUCUCGUCGUAGAUGGUGCUGUGGCGCUUCCUGUGUAUGCUCGUGGCAGUCAGUGCUGCGCCUGCCGUCAACAAGCACUCGACCGCCUGCUCGCGCGAGCUCAGCCGCGAGGCCAUGCAACUUCUCGAGCAGCAUGUCUACCGACCUGCGCAGCAGCUCAGCUACACGAUGCCGCCGCCCGAGACAUGCCCGUUGGCGACCGACCAAGUGCUCUUCUUGGACCACGAGGCGCACAAGUACCGCGUACACGCCAACCGCUGGAAGUGCGGGUACUGCGGCAAGCAAUUCCGCGGCGAGCCCUUCGUGGACCAGCACAUGGACACCAAGCACACAGCCGAGGAUGACCAUGGUUUAUGUUUGGCCGACUAUUGCGAUAUUCUAAACUGCCCGUCGGCCCGCGCGCAGGCAACGCACGCGAAAUGCAGCCACAACACCGUCUUUCGUCUGCGGCAGCAGUGCAAGACCCUCUUUCAAGCUUGCUUUCCGUACGAAGCGCCGUCGGUCAACACGAUGCGGCGGUCCGAGCCGGCGUCCAAUGUCCUUUUCGAGUACGUGCGCGAACACGUCUGCGAGGCCAUCACGUGCGAAGGCAGCUACGACGAUGACGACGACGCGUCAAAUCCGUUUUUCACCGGCGUCAUCAUUGUGCUCAAGGUGCUCGGCAUGCUUACGCUCGUCGUCUCGUGCAUUCUGGUGCUCGAUCGGCCUGUCCGCGCCAGGCGGCAUCGACAUCACUAA